AUGGAAGUUACCAUUAGUAAAGAGGAGGAUGUUACAGAAAAAGCAGAGGCUGAUAAUUCUACAGAAACAGCCGUUAGUGCUAUUGAAUCAGAAACUCAGCAUGCUUCAACAGUGCCAAAACAUCAAAAUCGUGAACUUGUUGAAAAUACUGAACCAAAGACACCUGAGAAACAACCCGAAAUUCGGCUUGAUAUUCCUCUGACGAGUCGAUACAAUAACAUAGUAUACUUUCCUGAUUUGUUAAAGGAAGCUGGAUAUACUAUUGCAAAAACACCUCCACGUUAUAUGUCAUGUUCAGAAACACCUGGGUCAGAAUCCCCGCAAUCGGAAUGGUCAGAUUUCGAAACUCCAGACGAUUUUCGAACGCCAACACCUCCAGCAGCAAUUGAUUUGCCACGUGCUUUUCGUGAUGAAAAUGAUGAAUUCUUUGAAAGAAUUCUGGAGAAUGCGGAAAAAUAUGCCAUAGUCGAAGAGGAAAAAACUCGUAAAAAAAAGAGAAGGAUUAUCAAGAAAGAACAGCAUUACGAUGUGAAUGAUCCAUUCAUAGAUGACAGUGAAUUGGCUCCAUUACAGCGUGAUUACGGAAAAGUACGCCCACAGAUUGAAGGGUUUUUUGUAUGGAAUGGGCCAUUGGUUUUAGAAAGAUUAGUUGAUGAGGAUGAACCAUCGCCUAAGAAAAAGGCUGCAAAACGUAAGCCAAAAUCCUCCGAAACUGACGGUCCAAAAGUUAGAAAGGCACGUACUGUCAAAAAAGCAGAAGGUGGUAGUGAUGGGAAAGGAAAGGCUGCUGCCCCAAAAAAGAGUGUAUCAAAGAAAUUGAAGACUGCCGGUGAUACCAGCCAGGAAUCGUCAUUAGUGGCUUCAAUUUCACAUAAUGAGACCAAUCCCUCACAUAUAACGGAUCCUAGUUCAAGUGCAAAUAUUUCCUCUAUAGGUGCGAAUAAUAAUCCAGCAAAUCAAAAAGAUUUAUCGGAUCCUAAUAAACCUCCGGGAAAAAAGAAAAAAGUUUAUCCAGUGGAACCUGUUCAUCCAGAUGUUCAGUAUCUUUUAGAUCUCUUUAAACAACAAGUAGAUAAAGAAUCUUUCGAGGUCAAGUCUAGGUUCCCACAGAAUCUUAAACCUCCUUUGAUGGAACUUCUUUCAAGAGCCUAUGAACUUAAUCAAUUCAAUGAAAAUCUUUUUAAAAUACUAACCAAUAUGUUACCAUAUAAUAAAUUCACAAUAACGAGGACAUUAUAUCCAAAAGCCUUGAUAGAGUUACAAAAACGAAAGUUAGAAUUUAUUGGCCGUUUGAAAAUUGCAGUGGAUGAAAUCAUGCCAUCUUUAUUACAGGAAUUAAACGAACGGAAUGCAUCUGUUUCUUCAUCUUCAGUACCGGUAAACGGUGAUAAUAUCCAAGAAGAAAUGUCUUGGGUUGUAAUGAGUAACUGUCUUGCAGAGGCUGAAGAAAAAUCUGAGAGACAUUCCGAACAAACGAGGCGAAAAAGUUUAUACCAAUAUGUAAGUAACAUUAUAAAGAAUCUUAUUCUUUUAUGA